AUGCACCCCAUCAUCGCAGACCUGGCAAAAGCCUACGCUGGCAGGCUGAGAUGUCUGAGGGUGAACACGGAUGAGAACCAGGAGGUGGCCUCGAGGUAUGGCAUCAGGAGCAUCCCCACCAUCCUCAUCUUCAAGGACGGUGAGAGGAAGGAGACGAUCAUCGGCGCCAUCGCAGACACUGCAUUGGCCGCCACGGUCGACAGGUUCUUGUGA